GUUGUCCGUGCGUGUCUGCGUUUCCAGUGUUCACACUGACCUGCUGAGCUCCAGGAUGACCCGUCACUGGCCUCUGCUCGCUCCUCUGCUGCUCCUGCUGGGGCUGUUCACCAUCGGCGCUGUCGGUCAGGAGGCCGGGGACUCUGCUGCACCUCCACCUCCAUCGUCAUCAUCAGGCCAGGCUUCAGACGGAGCGCAGACGCAGGACGAUAAUGAGGAAUGGGGAAUGGGCUCAAUCAGAGGCAGCUUUGAGGCUGUCGGCAGCUACUUUGACUCUAUGCUGGAGUUCAUGGGUGGACGUGAUGGAGUGUGUCAGUACCGCUGUAGAUAUGGUAAAGCUCCUCUUCCUCGUCUUGGAUACCAGAUGCCUGAACCUGAUGGAUGCACCUCCUACUUCUUUGGACUUCCUGUUCCAGAUGGGAUGGACAUGGGAAUCCCUGCGAUGACCAAGUGUUGCAAUCAGCUGGACAUGUGUUACGACACCUGCGGCUCCAACAAGUACCGCUGCGACUCCAAGUUCCGCUGGUGCCUCCACAGCAUCUGCUCCGACCUCAAGAAGAGCCUAGGCUUUGUGUCAAAGGUGGAAGCGUGCGAAACUGUCGCCGACACCUUGUUCAACACAGUGUGGACUCUGGGCUGCAGGCCGUACAUGAACAGCCAGAGGUCAGCGUGCUACUGUCAAGGAGAGGAGAAAGAUGAACUUUAAAUGAGAUUAAAACACACACCAGUUAACUCCUGUUAACUACAGGGGUUCAGAGGAGACUCCUGUGUGAAUACUUGGGCUUGUUCUGGUUUUGUUUCACUGUGAAAUUGUGUCACUAUUUAAAGGUUCCGUCGCACACUUGAGUUGUGUAUCUGCUGACUGUAGAACAACUGCUGCAUUCCAUUUACAUUGGAAGUUGGAGGUCGGAACUGGGAGUGACGUCAGCUUCAAGUCGACUGCAUUCCACUGAGAAGUUGGACACAAAUGUAUAUUGAGCUACUUACUUAAGUGUAAGCGUAUAAAAGUGGACAGUACUAUUCCUACGACUGACUUAUAGUGAAACAAACGACAGAGCAACAUCACCAACUCCAAACAUGAGGAUUCCAAACACUUUCUUUUCACAGUACCUCAGUCUUUUGAACCGUAAACACCAUGUGGUGUCUUUAUGGACUUUGUGGACUCAGGAAAUGACGUCACUCCCAGUUCUGACUUCCGAUGUAAAUCGUACAAAGUUUGUCAUUCACUUUAUUUCAGUAAUUGUUAAACGUUUGAUUAAAGCAAAUUCAAUUCA